UGGGGCGGCUCCGUCCCCGCUUGGCCCGAAGCAAGAGGCCGUCCCGCAGGCAGGAGCUGGGCGCAGGAGGGCUGGUGCCGCUGGGAGGCGGGGCCGGCCGGGUUCAGCUCCGCGGUGCCGCUGCCCGGGCACAGGAGGCCUCGCGCUCGGCGGCGCCGUGAGAGGCGGAGUGCUGCUCGGCGGGGGAAGCCGCGGUGUUCUCCUUCCCUCGCCCUGCGGCCCAGCGCCGUGCUGCCCUGCGAGGAGCUUUGCUGGCGCCGUCCGUGGUGCAGUGCCAUCGCGGCAGCUGAGGGUGCCCCUUCCUGAGCUGCACGGUUCUGCGGUCAGUGAGGGGCGCCUUCCGUUGGACUGCAGUGAGCCGCAUCUCGCUGUGGUGUUAGGUGGGACCAGACCAAAACUGCCUUCGCACUUGCUUAGAAACUCGCGGGAGUUCGGCAUCUCUCAGAAUCUGCCAGUUUGGAGAUGUAAUGUCUGCUGAACGACAGGGAAAUUAUCAGAAGUCUGCUGCAGUAGUUCUUGAGGUCUGCACUACUCUGCUCCAGAGGCAGAAACUCGUGUGGUUCCUAUGCAGAAAAGCCAUCAGUGAUGACGCUGCGAGGUAGAUCGCACAUGACGGUCCUUGAAACGAGGGGAAGCUGUCUGCUGCUGUAGCCGGCACCUCUCUCUUGAGUGAGGGGCACAGCAUCUUGGUGAAAGACACUAAGAGCUGGCAGGAUGAGUUCCAGUUCACCCUCUGCGCAUGACUUGUACCACAGCAGCACCACAACGGCCAAGCCAGACCCAGGGACAACUCUGGAUGCAACUGUACCAGAGACAGCUACUGUGAGCCCCGAGACUACCAGCUUCAACAGCACCAAAAUCCCAGAUGUGGCCGGCAGUGGGCCCGGCAUGAGCGCCAUGCUGCUGUCCUUUGGGAUCAUUACUGUGAUUGGGUUGGCUGUAGCUAUGGUUCUGUAUAUCAGGAAGAGAAAGAGGUUGGAGAAGCUACGGCACCAGCUCAUGCCGAUGUACAACUUUGAUCCCACUGAAGAACAGGAUGAACUGGAGCAGGAGCUCCUUGAACACGGGCGAGAUUCAGCAUCUUCCCAGGCAUCACAGAGCAAGGUAGGCAGCAAGGUAGUAAUGGCCAGGGUGUUAUUGAAGCCACUGGCACCUGCACUUCUGUUUUUGAGGAGGUUGAGGAGUUUCUGUCAUUGUACUGUAAGGAAAUCAUGUAAGACCUCAAGAGGGCUCCCUUCAUCCCAGCCAGCUCUAGAGACAGGGUUCUUGAGCAUUUUAGAGUGUUUAGGAUGGUCUGAAGAGUCAGGCAACUAGGACAGCAAGCCUGGGGAGGGUAAGUGCUGGCACAAUUCAGCUAGAAGAGAGAACAGGGCAAUUUCAUCAGUUAAUGUUGAGCUUACAAUAGUUUACCACCUAGGGCACUGCAAGGGAGCUAUAGGAUGAAUGCCAUUUUCUGGGAGAGGAGGCUUCACUGCUCACAAGGUACUGAAGCUCUCUUGUGCUGGCCCUGAAAAUAAAAUCAUUUCCACCCAGUUUUAAGGUAUCUGUGCUUUGCUGAAGGCUGCACGUGUAGAACAAGGUCUUGUGAAUACAAAGCCAGUAGUCGUAACAGUUAACUGCAGGCCCUGAGGAAGUUUGGCAGGAAGCCUCGUGUCGCUAUGGCACGGCACAUCUGAUCUUGUCAGCACUUCCAGGCCAACCUUGCUGGGCAGAGAGCAGGCAUAGCUCAAAAAGAGAAAAGGGAGGAAAGUUCUCAAUGUGAAUAUGGGAAAAGGGGAAGGCAGCUUUGCUUUGACCACUUCUGACUGUUCAAAGACAUGGAGCAUGCUGAAAAAUUAUGAGGUCCUAAAACCACUGAAUCCUCCUUCUGUGGGUUUGGAAAGAACUUGAUGCCAGGUGGUUUUGGUUAAUGGUCCAGAUGAGCCUUUGACAAGAUGUCUAUUCCCCUUGUACCAAGAGUUAGGAGAAAUAGGGAGGAAGGACUCUCACCGUAGUUUGCAGUUAGUUUCAUAGUAUUCUCUGUUUCUUUUGUCACUGCCAUCACACACAAAAAGCCUUUCUCAAAGACAGAGCCAGCAGGAAUAGCUGGAACAGGUACGUCUUCUGGCAAGUGGUGCAGCCUCCCCUUAGAGUAGACACGUCUCCUUUCUUGAAUUCCUCUCCAUUUGUUCCAUGUUGCUCACUUCUUCCCUUGCUUUUCCAGUUCCCGGAGCAGGAAUUCUCCCAAACAGGCCUCAGUUUUCACACACUUGACUCUUUCAGAUAACCUAUAGCAAGCUUGGUGUGGGCAGAAGGGAAGAAAGAAGAAAAUAAAUACAACUGUAAUUAUAAAACUAUUUACUUUGAGGGAUGCUUCCCAACCUGCCAAAGAAUAUGCAGGAGAUGUGUUAGAAUGUGGAAGAUAAACACCAUAUUCCAUACACCAUUUCAGAAAAGCAGAGAAAUGCAGACAUCUAAAAGCAAAGCAUCUUGUCCUCUGAGCAGUACAUACGGGGAAAACAUCAGGUUCCUCUAUCAGAGCGCACAGAGGAUUUCCCUUUCAGGUAGUAAAGAGGGGAAAUGACAAGGCUGGAGUUAAACUUAGAACAGUAAGAGUGUAUCCUUCCUAUGUAGUGCUUGGCCAGUAGAAUACCUCUGAUCCCUCUGGAGCUUGCUAAUGCACAGAUACCUUUACUUGGAAAGCACAUGAGUUUAAUGGCUUAGUGUAGCAAGAGAAACAGUCUAAAACAGCAGCCAAAGUUUGGUUUCUGGCAUGCUUCCUGGCCUUUAGGUUUCAAUUCUUUGCAUGCUGUCUUGUGUAUAUAAAUGGUGAAAUAUACAUAGCAAAUCUUUGCAGUCCUGGAUAAGCUACACCCAGUAAUCCAAUGACGUGGGGAUUUUAAAUUGGCAUGGAUGUGCUGACUUGUUCUUUGGCUUGUUGUAUUUUUCUCAUAGCCUUGUUAAUGCCACAUUAGUAUAUCAGCCCCUUGUUAAAGUAGAGAAGAAUAAAAAAGACAGUAAUAGAGUAGAACAGUUCAGUUGGAACAAAGAUCAUCAAGUCCAGUUGCCUGACCACUUCAGGGCUAACCAUGAGUUAACGUACUUUACUGAAGGCACUGUCCAAAUGCCUCUUGAACAAUGACAAGGCCAUGGGGCACCAACCUCUCUGGGAAGCCUGUUCCAGUGUUUGGCUACCCUCACAGCAAAGAAAUUUUCCCUGCUGCCCAGUCCCCUGGCACAGCUCUGUGCCGUUCCCCUCCUACCAUUGGCUCCAAGAAGCAGAGCGUGGCACCUCCCUCUGCUUCCCCUCCUCAGGGAGCUGCAGAGAGAAGUGAGGUCACCUUUGGUCUCCUCUUCUCCAGACUGGACAGCCCAGGUGUCCCCUCAGGACACCUCCCAGCCCUGUUACCAGCUUUGCUGUCCUUAGUAAGGGGCUGAAUCUAGUUACGAUACCACGCAGCCUAUGCCCAGGGCCGUGCACCAAGAUAAAGCAAACUUGCUGGGUCUCAUCUUUCACUGCUUCAAUGCAGAUUCUGCUGACGAGUCAAGGAGCCCUCCAAAGACCCAGCCGCCUUGUGUUCACAGACGUUGCCAAUGCCAUCAAUGCAUGAACUGUACCUGCCCCUGCUCUGGGAUUGUGCCGAGACUGGGGAGGAUGGAGCCACCAAACCAGUGACUUCUCAUGAGCGUGGCUGAGUCACAGAGCCCAGCUGGUCUCGCUGCUGGGUCGUGUUACAGAUGGGCACAAGCACCAGGAACAGUCACCACUUUGGGAAGGAAACCCUUUAUGAUGGCAGUAGCAGUUUUUGGUGUGUCCACUACUACUACUACAAGGUCUUGAGCUGCUGUGCUCCAUGUUCUGGGCUGGUGCUGACUGACACCAUCUACCAAGCUGUGUGCUUAGAAACAGCGCUCACUCUGUUGUAGAUCAACUUAUCUGAGCACGUGUGUGUGCUCUCCGGAUCAGGGAAAGAGGAGAGAUGCAUGUUCCAGACAGCUUACCUGUGGCUUUGUGCCACCAGAUCCCAACGAGAGCAGUGAAUGAGCCUCUGUGCAGCAACCACAGCAUUGGCAGACCCUGGAAGGGUGACUGGUGGCAAAGCCUCCUUCAGCUGGGGAAACUGACAGUCCUAGCUGAGUGAUAAAUCUGAGGCACACUGGGGAAAAUGCAUACCAUGGGCUUAUCCCCUUGUGGCUUGUGUGAUGCUGAUAAGUGUGUGCCUGGGCUGGCACUGCAGCAUGGGGAAUUCGCUAGUUCUGAAAUGUGAAAUGGUGAACAUCUGGCUGGUAAUACCUUAACUGAGGAAGUGGCUGAAUAUCCCAAAUUAAGGCUGCCCUAUAGGGAGAGGAGAAUCCACACAGCUGGAGGCAGGGCUGUCAUGUCUGGCUACGUGACUCCCUGCUGCUGACCUAGGAAUGAUGGUGCCUGGGCCAGAGAGAGGAGUCGAGCAGAACUGGGGCUCUGGUACCAUGUAUCCCUCCUGCUUCAGCUCAGGGAAGUUUUACGGAGCAGAGAGAAUAUUAAGCCUGGAACUUUUCCUUCUGAAUGAGGAAAAACAGGUAUUGGCUCUACGUUACAAUGUCUGCCCAGAAGUGGCUGAACAUCUGCUUACUUCCUUACCUGAUAGACCUGCAGUCUUCUCCCUGCUGCAGGAAACAGAGCUUUGUGUUAGCCCCUGCUCAUGUUACCUGCUAAGGCAGAAGGUGGGUCUGGGCAGGUAAGCCAGUAGGUCUCCUGUAAGCCUGAGGCACCCCUCUGCCAGUAUUCCCCUCAGGGCUGUGGGAGGGAGUGUGAAGGGGUCUCUGGGCAUCUUGGCGUGCAGCAUGAGCGCUGUUCUCUGCAGCCUUUUUGGUGGCCACCAGUCUGGGGUGCUGCUGGCCAGCACAGAGGCUAGGGAAUGGCAGCAGGGUCCAGGCUGUGCUCUCAAAAUGCAAACACAGAGCAUGGCAGAAAGGACUAGACUGGACUGACCGGUAUGGCCAUGGCAUUGGGCUGAUGUUCUCCCUGCCCUACUCCUCAGCCUUGAAACUGCAGAGGAGAUUUAAAAAAAGGGUAUGUGCUUCUGUCCACCCUGUCUGGCCAUCAACGACCGGGGGGAAGGAGUGCUCCUUUUUGGUAACCUCCUGCCAGAGAUUGUCUCUCACUCCUAGACGGGUGGUGGCUUUAGGUCCCUAGAGGCGAAUGCACAAAUCAGACUCUCAGUGCUGUGCUCAUGGUGCUCUGCACGCUCGGCCUGCACACAAGCGUCAGUGCCCAGCUAUGUACCGAUCACUACUGAUUUAUUUUUUUUUUCAGCACCUGCUUUUGUCAGAUCCUAUUCCAUCCACAGCACUAGCGGAUGGAAUCCACUAGUAGCACCAGCCAAAAUUUGAACACAGAUCUAAAGGUGAGCUUUUUGUAAGGAAGUGUUUCACUAGUGGCAAUUCAGGUAACACAUGCUUCGUUGCAAUUUUGGACCUCCUAGCUGGUUUUUGUUCUCCUAAGUGCUGGUUUUUGCUCCCUGCUGCAAUUUUUCUUCUUGCAAACCCUUUUUCAGGUAGAUGCCACUGACCCCUGCAGUGAACAGCUGCUCACUAGCCUUGCUUUCUUCACUGACCCAGCUUCCCUCUUGACAUUUUUUGCAGGACUAAGUUGCUUUAGUUUUUCAGUAUCUCUCUCUUCCUUUUAAAAGCCAGAGGGCUAUGGAAGGAAAGUUUAGAAGUGUCAGCACCUGUAGAAAAUGGUCUUGUCCUCAAUGCCUGGCAAGGUGUGGUGAGAGGCAUUCCCAGGCUGCUGGUGUUGGCACUCCAGGGAGAUUGUUGAAAGGAGGAUGAGGGUACAAGUACUCCAUGUAGUCUGAAUUUGGAGGCCGCUGUCUUUGUGUCUUCCCAGAGGUUAUGCGUAUGUGAGCAGCUAAAAAAGCAGACACGUUCCCCCAGCCCUACCUUCCAUCUCUUUAUCGCCUCCAAGUGCUCACUGAGAGCAACCAGCUGCAGAGACUUCAGAUUCCUCCCUUCAGCAGCUGGCACUCGUUGCCUGUCACCCUCCCGUGCUCUGCAGCAGGGCAGGGACACGAGCAAUGGCAGUGGUGCAUGGCUGUCCUAACCUGCCAGCAUUCAAUCCUUCUAACCCUUGGGAUGGAAGCUUUCGUUGGUGUUGUCAUUAUACACUCCACCAAAGGCAACCUAAGCUGGGCUGUUUCCUCAGACCACUGCGUGCUGCACGGGCAGCAGCCAAGCUGUUUAUCUGCAGCUGCAGUACAAAACCAUGCGCCUUGUUCCGCGUUACUGCUGGUAUACCUUGUAUAACAAACACUCCUGCAGAGGAAUUCUCUUUAACUCUUCUUCCUGCAGCAGUAGGUUCUGUCCUGUGAUGACUGCCCUUGGGUUAAAGAAGUAUGGAAAACAAGACCGAAGGAAUAUUAUGGGUAUUUGCUGGGCUUGUACUGGAGUAUUCUUUUAGUUCAAUAGCACCUUCGCUCACAGUUCUUGGAAGUAUAUGUGCAACCUAGCAGAAGCAUUAUGGUGUAAUUUAAUUCAAGUGUUCUGUGUUUUAAGCAUCGAAAUAAAGUAUUUACAUGAAA